GAAAAAUAUUAAGCAGCCCACACCACUAGGCUAAAACAGCUAUAUAUAUACGGAAUUGAAGAAGUACAAACACUAGAAACUCGUGUAACAAAAAAAAAUCAUCAAAAAUCAAAAAUCAAAAAUCAGCAGUCAAAUUGUGAGGAUCCAUCCCUCCAAUAGCAACCCAAAGACAAAGAAGAAAGGAGGAAGAAAAUAAGCGCCGCCGCCACGGCAGGCAGCAGAGCAAGAGCAAGGAGCAGCACGGCCAAAGUCAAGUAAUAACAACAACAACAACUCAGAACAGCUAAACAGCAAGUUGUUCCAACUUGUAUUUGUCUAAUCUUUUGAUUGGGAUAUUCAUAUUCCUCCUUAGAUAAUUAUUAAUAAUCCUGGUACAGUGGCUAAUACUUCCAUAUUCCCUCCCCCCUCUGUUUAUAUAUCAUUAAAAUUAGCAAGUAAAGUUGAUAGAAGAAAAAGAAGUUAGUAGAAUUUUAUCAGAUUCAGACAGACCAACGUCUUAUUCGGGGAUAUACGCAAUUUUCGUUUCCUUAACUUUUCCACGAAUGAAUGAAUACUACUACUCCUUCCUAGUCAAUUCAUUACUACUCUUCUUCCCUUAAUACUAUAUUUAUUUAUAUUUCUUCUUCUGCUAAUCAAUCUCUUUCUCCCAUCCAAUUCACCAAAAACCCAUCUCUCUCUCUCUCUUUCUGCCAUCCCCUGCAUCUGGGUAUCUUCUCCUUCUUCUUCCCGGAUCACAUUUUCCACUGGUUUUUUUUGUUUAUGUUAUCUGAGUAGUUCAACAUUUGGGGUAGGACCAAGAUAAAGACAACCACGGAAAAAAGGAGGUGAUCCGGUGAAGGGGAUUUUGUUUGUCCGGACCUUAGAUUCUGCUUUCUUUUUUGGAUUCUGGGUUUUCUUGGUUUUGAUUGGAAGAUAUUUCUUUUAUAUAUAUAUGGUGUAAGCAGGACAAACUUGGGGACCUGAAUACGGGGAUCAUCCUAUCUUCAUUGUCGUAUAACCAACAUGGAACAGAAGAAAUUACUGUUAUCGGCAUUAGGAGUUGGGGUUGGGGUGGGCCUGGGAUUGGUUUCCGGCCAAACUGUUAGCAGAUGGAGUGGUGGUGGUGGCGGGAUGUACAAUCAUUACAAUAACAAUGGUGGUCGGGGAGAUGGGGCAACCGGCGACCAAAUCGAGCAGGAACUUCUCAGGCUUAUUAUUCAUGGAAAGGACGUUGAUGUCUCCUUUGAAGAUUUCCCUUAUUUCCUCAGUGAGAAGGCAAAGGCAUUACUCACAAGUGCCGCAUAUGUUCAUCUUAAUCGUUUUGAUGUAUCUAAGCACAUCAGAAAUCUUUCUCCGGCUAGUCGAGCCAUUAUGUUGUCUGGACCUGCUGAGUUCUAUUUGCAGGCUCUUGCAAAGGCCCUGGCGCAUGAUUGUGAGGCCAAAUUGCUUCUGUUGGACAUAACAGAUUUCUCGCUCAAGAUUCAGAACAAGUAUGGCUCUUCAAGAAGAGAAACGCCUUUGAGGAGAUCAAUCUCGGAGUUGACCAUGGACAAAGUAACUAGUUUGCUUGGCUCUUUUUCGAUGCUUUCAACUAGUGAUGAUACUAGAGGUACGUUAUCUAGGCAAAGCAGUGGCAUUGAUAGCAAACUGAGGAGUACAGAAGGGAUAAACAACUCUCUAAAGCAUCAAAGAAAUUCUUCUGUCUCUUCAGAUAUAAGCAGCAUCAGCUCCCAGUCCACUUCUUCGAAUCCUGCUACUCUCAAGCGCAACUCGAGUUGGUGUUUUGAUGAAAAGGUUUUUGUACAGUCACUUUAUAAGGUCUUGGUUUCAGUUGCCUCUACUAGCGGCAUCAUUCUUUACAUCAGGGAUGUUGAAAGACUUCUUCUUCAGUCCUCCAGACUCCACAAAUUAUUUGAAAGAAUGUUGAAAAAAUUAACUGGAUCAGUUUUGGUUCUUGGUUCCCGUCUGUUGGACGUGGAGGAUGAUUGCACUGAAAUAAAUGAGAAUAUUGGUCUCCUGUUUCCCUAUGACAUCGAGAUCAGACCACCUGAGGAUGAGGCUCAUCUUGUGAACUGGAAAGCUCAACUUGAGGAAGACAUGAAGAAAAUCCAGUUUCAGGACAAUAAAAAUCAUAUUGCUGAGGUCCUUGAGGCAAAUGAUCUUGUGUGUGAUGAUUUAGGAACAAUCUGUCAAGCAGAUACACUGAUUCUGGGUAAUUACAUCGAGGAAAUAGUGGUGUCUGCAAUAUUUUACCAUUUAUCACACCACAAAGACCCAGAAUAUCGCAAUGGAAAGCUUGUUAUAUCAUCGAAUAGUUUAUCCCAUGGUUUAAGUAUCUUCCAAGAGGGAAGAGGUGGAGGCAAAGACACUAUCAAGUUGGAAGCAAAUGCCGAACUUUCCAAGGGUCCUGAGGGAGAAGAUAAUGCUGCUGUCAAGUCCGAAAACAAAACUGAGUCUGAAAAAUCCGUUUCUUCAGCAAAGAAAGAUGGUGAAAAUCCACCUGCAAAAGCUCCUGAAUUGCCCCCGGACAAUGAAUUUGAGAAGCGCAUAAGGCCAGAGGUUAUUCCUGCAAAUGAGAUCGGAGUGACAUUUGCAGACAUUGGCGCUCUAGAUGAGAUCAAGGAGUCUCUUCAAGAGCUUGUAAUGCUUCCUCUCCGAAGACCAGACCUAUUUCAAGGGGGCCUUCUUAAGCCUUGUAGAGGCAUACUGCUAUUCGGACCUCCUGGAACUGGGAAAACAAUGCUGGCCAAGGCCAUUGCUAACGAAGCUGGGGCAAGCUUUAUUAAUGUCUCAAUGUCUACAAUAACUUCAAAAUGGUUUGGGGAGGAUGAGAAAAAUGUCAGAGCUCUUUUCACACUUGCUGCUAAGGUAUCUCCAACAAUAAUUUUUGUGGAUGAGGUCGAUAGCAUGCUUGGCCAGAGAACUAGAGUUGGGGAGCAUGAAGCUAUGCGGAAAAUUAAGAAUGAAUUUAUGAGUCAUUGGGAUGGCCUAUUAACGAAGCCUGGUGAAAGAAUUCUUGUUCUUGCGGCAACUAAUAGGCCUUUUGAUCUUGAUGAGGCCAUAAUCAGGCGUUUUGAGCGCAGAAUCAUGGUUGGUCUUCCAUCUGUGGAGAACAGAGAAAUGAUAUUAAGAACUCUUUUGUCAAAAGAGAAAGUCGAAGAUCUAGAUUUCAAGGAGCUUGCUACCAUGACAGAAGGAUUUAGUGGAAGUGAUCUAAAGGUGAGUAGUUAUUCAUGUGGCAUUUUUCAACUACAUUUUAUCAUCUUGUAUUGAUUGUGGGUUCUCCUGGAAACAGAAUUUGUGUGUGACUGCAGCUUAUCGUCCAGUGAGAGAGUUGAUUCAGCAGGAGAGACAAAAGGACAUGGUAAUGUUGUACUAAGUUCUUACAUUGUCCUUCUUAAGGCCGUUUAUGCUUGUAGAUUGGUUCCAUGAUAUCUUAUUCGCUUUGUCACUUCUGCUUCUUCUGGUUUAGACGCUGAAGAUCUAGUGUUGCGAAACAUAGGUACUGAUUUUGGCUUUCUAAAUAUUUGCCUUUUGUAGGAGAAAAAACAGAGAACUGAAGAAAAGCAGAGCUCAGAUGAUGCAUCAGUUUCGAAUGAGGUUGAUAAAGAAGAACGAGUGAUCAAUUUGAGGCCCUUAAACAUGGAAGACAUGAAGCAAGCAAAGAAUCAGGUACUACAACUGGCUGAUUGUUUUUCUUUUAUUCUUCUGGUGGUCAUUUGUCAAAACUAAUCACAAUUGAUUGGCACCUUGUCAUAUAUGUAGUUGAAUUUGUAAAUCGUAUUGCAAAAAACUGAUUUCAAGGGGAUUACGUUGUUGACACUUUCCUGAAUACUCUGAUACGAAAGCAACAUUUUUCUUGUUUCUCUAAUGCAGGUAGCCGCCAGUUUUGCAUCCGAGGGUUCUGUCAUGGCCGAGCUAAAGCAAUGGAAUGAUUUGUAUGGAGAAGGAGGGUCAAGAAAGAAGCAACAAUUAUCCUACUUCUUGUAGGAAGCUCUGAUGCAUUUUAGGACAUUUCUGUGUGUUUGCUAUUAGUAAAACGGACAAGCAAAUUGUGUGAACGUAAGAAUCCCACUGCUCCAAAGGUAUUGGUUGAAAGCAGGCAUGGCGUAAAAAAGAACACUUAACGGAGACAUCUGGGGGGGGCAGAGGAAGAACAGAAAGCUCUCUUGCCAUAAGAAUCUCUGCAUUAAGGAGCAAAUGCUGGAUAGUGGGAAUGGGCAGGCUUGGUUGGGGGAAUUGCGUGAUAUUGAAACUUGAAAGGAUGGAUUGUAAAGUAUCAGUAGAGAUGGGAGGGAAUGGCUGAAAAAUGAAUUUGUGAAAUUCAUUCAACAAAAGUAAUUAGACCAAGAUUAGUUGCCAGUAGUAUUUAAAUACUUGCACCUUGUAAUCUAGUAUUCUUUAUAAACUCAGCUUUUUUUUUAUUCUUUCAAGUCAUAUAGCCAAAAUUCUCUCUUUCAUGUUCGGGUGCAAAAUCAUUACAUCUCAAUUAUCAUGUGUACAUUAUUUAUUACAGUUUUAUAUCCUUUUAAGUGAUACUUGUAUCAUGUUUGAAGAAUGAGGACUCUUUCCUAACAAGAAUUUCACAUGCACUUCUGUUUGGUUUGUUUUUUUAAUGGUUUUUUUUUUCCCAAAUUUUAAUUAAUAACUGUUUUUACAUUUUCAAUACAACUUUUUAUAUUCUCAAUAAAAAAAAUACCUAAAAACAAAUACUUAAAAAAAAAUCAAAACAUCAAUCUACCUCUUCAUACUUCCUAUACUUUGAGACACCCUUUGUCAGUCAUAAGGUUGAAUAAUAUCCUAUUAGUAAAAUAAAUUUUAAUUACUGUUUCCAAAAACAAAAGAUUAUUUUCAAACCAUCAUCAUAAUUCUGCCAUCGUUGCACAAAGG